AUGUCGGAGGGUCCAUCCAGCUCCGGUAAGGUAUCCCUGACCCUUUCUGAUAACUCCCUGCAAUGGAGUAAGGAUAAGAAAUCUACUAGCAGCUUCCUACAUACUGCUGGAAUCUACAACUCUCUCAUCAAGGAGAAAGGGAAAGGCUUGAAAUAUGAAGAAGAUCCUCCUAGAGCUUCUAGGGUGAAAGUCCCUCAGUUUGAUCCCUCUGAGCUAAUCCACAAUCACAAGCUUAUGCUGGUGGGGCGUAUUACUAACCCAAAAAUCCAGAAGAUGUGGGCUCUACUCCCUUUCCUAGCUGACCAUUGGAAGGUUUCCUCUAGACCAGUGGGAGCAGAUCUGGAUCAAGGAAGAUUCCAAUACCAGUUUGCUUCAGAAGAAGAUCUCCAGAAGGUAUUGGAUAAUAGACCCUAUCAUUUUGCUCACUGGAUGAUCAUCCUACAAAGGUGGGAACCAACGGUGGCAACAUCCUUCCCAUCCCAAAUUCCUUUCUGGAUACAAGUCCAAUGA